GAUUUCCACAGCGUUAUUUGUACGAGUAGAGCAUGGUGAAUGGACAGGCGUUCUUGAAAAGGAGGUGGAGAAUUUUAAAAAUGUUUUGGUGCGAGUUUUAGGACAAGUCCCCUCAGAGGAUAUUGAACGGAUAAAGAAGCUUCAAAGUUUUGGUACUGGAAAAAAAUUGGCAAAAAGG